AUGGAGCUGCCCCUCAUCCAUGGCGGUUUGGCAGGAAGGAAGCAGACGGAUUCAAAAGUUAUCUUUGGUGGAGGGCGAUGGGAUGGAGCUUGUCCAAUAGCUUCAGGAAAAGCUGUCUUUGGAGUAGUUGGUGGAGGCAUUUACUAUUACACGGUUGAUCUGGAUGAGGCGGAUAAGUUUGUCUUUCAAAAUCAGUUCUCUUCUCCUGUUUCACUGCCUGUGCUGGCUAAAGAGAUGGUCGAGGGAUUCCGGAUAGCCAAUGCGAAGGAUAGUCGGUUGGAGGUUGCAGAGGCCCAUGCUGAGCCAAAAUGGCUAAAACCUCCUUGGAGAUGGGUCAAGUGUAAUUGGGAUGCAGCGAUGGACAAGGACAGGCAAAGGAUGGGAAUGGCUAUGGUGGUACGUGAUGCUGCUAGUUUGGUAGUGGCAACAGCAGUUAGGUCUGUCCUAUACAUUACAGAUCCUACGGUGGCGGAGGCUAUAGGGGCUUGGCAUGCUUUCUCUCUGUGUAGGGCUUUGGGUCUGUCCAAGGUGGUGUUUGAGGGGGACUCCUCGAUUGUGGUGGCUGCUUUGAACAAUGAGAACCCGAUUUGUAGCUCCUAUGGGCAUAUUGUGGUGGACACACGGUCUUUGUUCCAAAGCUUUCAUGCAGUUGAGAUACGGCACGUUCAGAGGGUGGCCAACACGGCUGCCCAUGUCUUGGCAAAAUUUGCCUUAGUUCACACGUCAAAUUUUGAAUGGCUGGGGGCUUGUCCUCAGCAAAUUUCUCGGAUUGUUUCUUUUGAGCAAGGCUCUUAUUAA